AUGGCUCCACCACCACGGGUAACGCCAUUCCUCAUUUACCUGGUCUUCAUCAUCACACUUGGUCCCCUUUUGUUCGGCUAUCACUUGGGAGAGCUGAAUGCCCCCCAAAAAGUCAUUACAUGCAAGGUCAAUCAGUUACCUACCGGAUCCCAGUACAAUAUCUUCGACCUACCCGAGUGCAUCCCAAUGAGUGACGGCCAAUGGGGCCUCGUUCAAUCCAUUUUCACCAUUGGUGGUCUCAUCGGGGCGCUCUUGAGCGGCUCCACAGCAACGAAAUAUGGACGACUGUUCGCCAUAAAAUGGCUUACCUUCUUCCUUGCCAUAGGACCCAUCGCAGAGGCAUCCGCGCACGAGAUGUGGAUCCUGGCCUUGGGAAGGCUGCUUUCUGGUCUUGGUGCUGGUGCUGCCACAGUUGUAUGCCCCAUUUAUAUAUCGGAAGUGGCACCCAAAGAGAAGCGUGGUCUGUUUGGGGCUUUCACACAGGUUCAAAUCAACUUGGGCAUUUUCUUCGCGCAACUUCUCGGGUACUUCCUCUCCACGAACACCAAGUGGCGUUGGAUCCUAGCAACUGCCGGAAUGGUUGCCGGAGCCACUUUCAUUGGGCUCAUGCUGGCUCCAGAGACGCCUCAGUGGCUUGCAGCAAACAACCGGCCACGAAUGGCAAGGGGAAUCUUGCAACGCAUCAGAGGGGAAGAGGUUAACAUCCGAGAGGAAAUGGACAGCUGGGAACUUUCCGGUGAAGCUGAAGAGGAAAGCCUGCUCGGUCCUCCUAAGGGGCCUCGGCCGCACAAGCAACAUGGCAAGUCGUUUCUUGAUGUCAUCCGAUGUCCCAGAUAUCGACGAGCUGUUAUUGCGGUCACUGGCACAAUGAUGGCCCAACAGCUGUGCGGUAUCAAUGCUGUCGUGAUGUACAGCGUCUCCAUACUGGGGCAAGUUAUGGCAACGCAAGCUGCAUUGAUCACCGUCGCGGUUUCGGCAAUCAAUGUCCUCGUCACUUUAUUGGCAUCUCCAUUGGCGGACAAGAUUGGCCGAAAACCAUGCCUAUUGUUGUCUAUCUCCGGAAUGGGAUCGGCUUCGGCCAUGCUCGCUGUUGGUCUGACCCAAGACUUCACAGUGCUUACCAUCAUCGGUCUCACACUGUUCGUGUGCAGCUUCGGCGUCGGUUUGGGGACAGUUCCAUUCAUCUUACCAAGCGAGCUUGUCGGGCCUGAAGCGGUGGGAGCGACUUCCAGCUGGGCACUAGCAGGCAACUGGCUUUCAACAUUCUUGGUGGCUCAAUUUUUCCCGCUGCUCAACGAUAUACUUCCUGAAGGCAGAGUAUGGUGGAUUUUUGUUGCGCUCGCGGCCUUUUUCGGUGCCUUCGUGGUAGCUUUUGUCCCUGAAAGCAAAGGAAAGGCGAACCCGGACGAGGUAUGGGGAAGAGUGGCACAUUCGAGUGCCUGA